AUGACGGAAAUGAAAGUAUCAGUCUCUCAACCAAUUCCAAUCAUUAGGAAUUCACGUAUCCAUCAUCAUACUAUUUCAGGUCAUCGUACCAGCAGUGGCAAUAGUAAUAGUAGUAAUGGUUCAACUCACCACCUCAACAACAAACAUCAUAGCAGUGGCAACUAUCAACACCAACACCAAAAAUCGACAAAAUUAAAGAGAAUGGCAAACAGUCCCUCUUCACCAUCAGCUCUUAGUGUUUGGUCUCCAUCUCCAAAGAAUACUUUAUUAAAUCAAAGUAAUCAUCAUCAUCAUAAUAAUAAUAUUAGUAUUAUUAAUAAUAGUAGUAGUAUUAAGAGUGAAGUGAAACCUACACCAACACCCAAAAUUGAUUCAACUUUGGAGUUUAACAAGAUCCAAAUAGGAGAUAAUUCUUCUACUACUACUACAACUAGUUCCAUGGCCAUCAACAGUACACCAAUCCAGUCACCACAAAGACCAUUAAAUUCAAGUUCCUCAAGUAUUAAAACAACUCCACCAAAAUCACCAAGACAACAACAAUCACCAAAUGUUUGUGGAGCUUGUGAAAAAUCAUUGACCAGUCCACCAGUCAUUAUCCGUGAAACAUCCUUUAACAAAUUGGUCUAUUGUAGUAUGGGAUGUUUCUCCAAACAUUGA